GGAGUACCAGUGGAAUUUUUGGUGUUACGUGAUGUUGACUUAAUAAUAUCUCAUGUGGAAAAUAAUAUGCACAUUGAAGAAAUGCAAGAAGAUGAAGACGAUUACGUGGAAGGCCCAGCUGUGGAUACUCAAGAUGACGAAGUGGCAGAAACUGUUUACAGAGACAGGAAGAGGCAGCUACCUUUGGAACUUACAGUGGAACUAACAGAAGAGACAUUUAACGCGACAGUCAUGGCUUCUGACAGCAUAGUGCUCUUCUAUGCCGGGUGGCAAGCAGUAUCCAUGGCAUUUUUGCAGUCCUAUAUUGAUGUGGCAAUUAAAUUGAAAGGUAUUGUACUAUG